AGGUUAUAUUCGUGGUUUUUUGCAGCCCAUCUCCAGCCAUGGGCCUUUGGAGGAUACUUUGUGUUCUAAUCGUCCUGGAGAAAAGCUGGGGACAGGAACAAGUAUACGUCAUUUCAGCACCCAAAGUAUUCAUUGUUGGAGCAUCUGAAAAUAUUGUAAUUCAAGGUUCUGGAUACACUGAAGCAUUUGAUAUAAUAGUCUCCGUAAAAAGUUAUCCUGAUAAAAAUAUAAGUUAUUCUUCGGACUAUGUUCAUUUAUCCGAAGCAAAUAGAUUCCAAAACUCUGCAGUCUUAACAAUACAACCCAAGCAAUUGCCUGGAGGACAAAACUCAGUUUCACAUGUGUAUCUGGAGGUUGUGUCAAAGUAUUUUUCAGAACUGAAAAAAAUUCCAAUAACCUAUAACAAUGGAUUUCUCUUCAUUCAUACAGACAAAACCGUUUACUCUCCACGUGAAUCAGUAAAAGUUACAGUCUAUUCCCUGAAUGAUGACUUGAUGCCAGCCAGAAGACCAACUGUCUUAACUUUCAUAGAUCCUGAAGGAUCAGAAGUUGACGUAGUAGAAGAAAAUGAUUAUUCUGGAAUUAUCUCUUUUCCUGACUUCAAGAUUCUACCUAACCCUAAAUACGGUGUGUGGACAAUUAAAGCUAAAUAUAAGGAGGACUUUUCAACAAUUGGAACCACCGACUUUAAAAUCAAAGAAUAUGUCUUGCCACAUUUUUCUAUUUCAAUAAGACCAGAAAGUAAAGUCAUUGGUUACAAGAGCUUUAAGAAUUUUAAAAUUACUAUAAAAGCAAGGUAUUCUCGCAAUCAUGUAGUCCCUGAGGCUCAAGUUUUUGUUUCUUUCGGAAUAAGAGAAGAUAUACAAGAUGACCGAAAAGAAAUGAUGCCAAAAGCAAAGCAAAACGUAACGUUGAAAAAUGGAACAGCUCACGUCACAUUUAAUUCUGAAAUGGCAAUUAAAGAACUGUCAUAUAACAGCUUAGCAGAUUUAAAUGACAAGUACCUUUAUAUUGCUGUAACAGUUGUAGAGGUUCCAGGUGGAUUUUCCGAGAAGGCAGAAGUACGUGGCAUCAGAUACAUCCUCUCCCUCUACACGUUGAAUUUGCUCGCUACUCCUCUUUUUCUGAAACCUGAGAUUCCAAUUUCCAUCAAGGUACAAGUUAAGGGUUCACUGGACCAGCCGGUAGGAGGGGUCCCAGUCACCAUGAAUGCACGAACAGUCAAUGUAAGCCAGGAGACAUCUGACUUGCCACCAAAGAGAGUAUUAACAAGUUUCACCAAUGGAGUGGCUCCAUUUCUGGUUUCUGUGCCAUCUGGAGUGACAGUGCUGGAAUUUUCGGUCAAAACUGAUGCCCCACACGUUCCGAAAGCAAACCAAGCUAGCAAACAUUACCAAGCGAUUGCAUACUCAUCUCCUAGCCAAAGUUAUCUUUCCAUUAUUUGGGCUUCAAACUCUCAGGCUGUGCGUUUGGGAGAAUUUCUGAGGAUUAUUUUCAGUGUUCAAAGUCCAUAUAUUCACAACAUAACUCAUUAUAAUUAUCUUAUUUUGUCCAAGGGAAAAAUUGUACACUUUAGCACACAUACGAAAAAUCCAUAUUCACCUUAUGAAAUUAUGUACAUCUACUUGACACCUGAUAUGGUUCCUUCAGCCCGAAUCCUGAUCUAUUACGUCAUCCCAGGACAGCAGACAGCAGAAAUUAUAUCUGAUUCAGUUGUGUUCAAUAUUGAAGAAAAAUGCUGCAACCAGCUGGAGGUGUUUCAAGUUUUCCAGAAGAGUGACCAGGGCUGUGGGAUAGGUGGUGGCCUUAACAAUGCGGAUGUUUUCCAUCGAGCUGGACUCCGCCUCAUCACCAAUGCAAAUGUAGAUGAGUCCCAAGAAAAUGAUGAGCCUUGUAAAGAAAUUCUCAGACGAAGAAGAAGUCUGAAAGAGAAAAUAGAAGAACAAGCUGCUAAGUACAAACAUGCGGUGCUCAAGAAAUGCUGUUACGACGGAGCCCAUCGCAAUGAUUUUGAAAGCUGCGAGCAGCGAGCGGCCCGUAUCUCCAUAGGUCCACGUUGUACCCAAGCUUUCAAAGAAUGCUGUCUCCUCGCCAGCCAGAUUCGGGGUGAAGAAACUGGGAAGCACAGACAAUUAGGAGGGAGACACUGAGAACGCCCACAGCUCCGCGCCUCGCUCCUGAGCCCAGGGGAACGUGCCCACUUCCUUCCCCACAAAGCUUGACACUGCAGAUUACGCAUCUCUUCCAUGCCUCCAGUUUUGCUAGAAACUAAAAUCAAACUUGGUUAAAUGUAGUGAUGAAAUCUUUCUCGGCAUGAUCAGCGCUUACCAACCAUCCUGACAAAUGAGAACAAAAUGGUUGAACAAUUUUCCACUGAGCCAUCUCCCCGGCCUCUCGUUGAACAAUUUUACCAGAACAGCUCAACUGCCAAUGCUUUAUUGCUAUACCUAGUGCUCUUCCUUGGUUUACUAUCAGGUUUCAAGGAUCUGUAAGACAAAAGAGUGAAUCAGCGGCAGUUUUCACUGACUGCUGCAAAGAAUUCUAGUGGACAACCGAGGAAGAGCUGGCGUUCUCAAUAGCACAUACCACUGUCUACUGCUGACCUGGUCAAGAGAUGUCCAUAAAUGUUACAUCGUCAUCACAAGAAGAUUUACUGUGCCAACAAGAUAGGCGAGGCCUUACAGUGAUGCAAGUUCAUGAACAUAAUUGUUUUAAUCAGAAUAUUUAAAUUAAUAAAGUAUUUAUCACCCAUA